AUCACUUUCAUUUCGAAAGCGAUAGAGUGCGUGACUACGUGAGAUUUGAUAUUCUAUUAUUAGUUCUUUCAUACAUAUAGGUACUGCACGGUAGAUAAAUCCUUUGCCUAGUUGACAUUGUGAAUCUUGCUGCGGUCUUUGGAUAUGGCAAAAAUCAGUGUGGACUUGCCAGAUAUUGAGAAUAUUUUGGCCUUGAAUCCACGUGUCAGGGAUUAUUCUAACUUUGUACCAUCCAGCACAACGAAGAAGAAUAAAGCACACUGGAAGAGAAAUAUUGAUAAAAAAUGUCAGGUAACUAAUCCUUCAGGUUGGGAAAGUAGGAUAUAUAUAUACCAAGGGAUGUGCACCAUUGGAAAAUAAUUUUUCUGAUAUCAAACCCACCACCCUGAGUGAAAGAGGAGCCCUGAGAGAAUCAGCUAGAUGCUUGAAAUGUGCGGACGCACCAUGCCAGAAAUCUUGCCCUACCCAACUGGAUAUAAAAUCUUUCAUAACUAGUAUAGCAAACAGGAAUUACUAUGGAGCAGCUAAAGCAAUUUUUUCAGACAACCCCCUGGGAAUUACCUGUGGUAUGGUGUGCCCUACGAGUGAUUUGUGUGUGGGGGGUUGCAAUUUGCAAGCAUCCGAAGAAGGUCCAAUCAAUAUAGGAGGGUUGCAACAAUUUGCAACAGAGAUUUUCAGUAAAAUGGGCGUCAAACAAAUGAGAGAUCCAAAAACUCCAAAACCAAAGAAUCCAGAUUCCAAAAUUGUCCUGAUUGGUGCAGGACCGGCUUCAUUGUCCUGUGCAACCUUUUUGGGAAGGUUGGGAUACGAAAAUAUAACUAUUUACGAAAAGAAUGAUGUUCUAGGCGGAUUAAGUGCAACAGAAAUCCCACAAUACCGCCUCCCAAUCUCCACAGUGAAUUUCGAAAUCAGCUUAGUCAAAGACCUGGGAGUCAAAAUAAUACCUGGCAGGUCCUUGUCAACUCAAGAUCUCACCGUAGAACACCUCCUCAAAGAUUCCAAGGCUAUAUUCGUAGGCAUCGGCUUGCCACACCCGAAAAUCAACCCCUUGUUCAAAAACCUCACGGAGGACAUGGGGUUCUAUUCCUCCAAGAGCUUCUUGCCGAGAGUCUCGAGAGCUAGCAAGGAUGCAAAUGAUAAUGGCAGCUGCCCUUGCAAACAGAACGCAGCCAAGUUGCCCAAGCUCCAUGGAAAUGUCAUCGUUUUGGGGGCUGGAGACACAGCGUUCGAUUGUGCCACUUCCGCUUUGAGGUGUGGGGCAAGGAAGGUGUUCGUGGUCUUCCGAAGGGGCUUCACGAAUAUACGGGCGGUCCCAGAAGAGGUCUCAGUUGCUAUCGAGGAAAAGUGUGAACUGAUUGGUUUCCUCUCACCACACUCUGUGAACGUGAAGCAAGGAAAAAUAGUAUCAGUCACUUUCAGCAGGACAGAAGAAACUGAGGACGGAAAAUGGAUACAAGACACCGAGCAGCUAUCCACAAUCAAAGCAAAUUUUCUCAUUUCCGCUUUCGGAUCCGGUUUAGAAGAACAAGAUAUGAUUGAUGCGCUGAAACCCUUACAUCUCACCGACCAAAACUUGCCAAGAGUCGAUCCAAAUUCUAUGCAGAGUUCGCAUCCAUCUGUUUGGUGUGGGGGCGAUAUAGCUGGGGUUGCUGAGACCACAGUGGAAUCAGUUAAUGAUGGAAAAGUGGCAGCUUGGUACAUGCAUUGUGCUUUGGAAGGUUUGCCAAUGGAUUCGAAACCACAAUUGCCGCUGUUCUAUACAGAAAUUGAUGAAGUGGAUAUUUCUGUGAAAGUGUGCGGAGUGAAAUUCGAAAAUCCAUUCGGGUUGGCAUCUGCACCUCCAGUAACAUCUGCUCCCAUGAUAAGAAGGGCGUUCGAACAAGGAUGGGCAUUCGUGGUUACAAAAACGUUUUGCUUAGAUAAGGAUCAAGUGACGAACAUAUCUCCCAGGAUAGUACGAGGAACUACAUCUGGUGAUAAUUAUGGACCACAACAAGGAUCCUUUUUAAACAUCGAAGUGAUUUCAGAAAAGUGUCUUGAUUAUUGGCUCCAGGCAAUAAGAGAGCUAAAGAAAGAUUUCCCAACCAAAGUUAUGAUAGCUAGUGUUAUGUGUGGUUAUGUGGAAGAAGACUGGAGAGAAAUAUGUUCGAAGACUGAAGAAGCUGGAGCUGAUAUGUUGGAGUUGAAUUUGAGCUGUCCUCAUGGGAUGGGUGAAUCUGGUAUGGGUUUAGCUUGUGGUCAGAAACCAGAACUAGUGAAGGGUAUUUCGGAAUGGGUCAGGAACACCGUUAAAAUACCAUUUUUCAUCAAACUCACCCCUAAUGCCACUGAUAUCACGGAGUUGGCAAGAGCAGCAGCAGAAGGUGGCGCUUGGGGAGUUUCGGCAAUAAAUACCAUAUCAGGAUUGAUGCAUUUGAAUCCUGAUGCUAGUGCUUGGCCAGCAGUAGGUCCCGACAAGAGAACUACCUAUGGGGGAGUAAGUGGAAAUGCCACCAGACCAGUUGGUCUCAGAGCCGUCACCUCCAUUGCCAAACAUAUUCCGAAUCUUACGAUCCUUGGCGUUGGUGGAAUAGAUUCUGCUUACACAGCGUUCCAGUAUUUACAGAGUGGAGCAUCUGCCGUGCAAGUUUGUAGUGCUGUUCAAAAUCAAGAUUUCACUGUCAUAGACGACUAUUGUACUGGUCUCAAGGCUAUGUUGUACCUCGAUGGAAAGCUGACUGGUUGGCAAGGACAAAGCCCACCUACUUAUAAACACCAAAAAGGAAAAACCGUCAUGUCACUCUACGAUGAAAAUGGGAAGAAGUUACCCCACUUUGGGCCAUAUCAGACAAAGAGGGAAGAAAUACUGAGCAAACUUUUCAGAGAAUCCGAAGUGAAGAACGGACAAAUACUUCAUCAUGAUAGUGACAGUGGCAUUACUCUGAAUAAAAUGAGUUAUGUACCCUCUGUGGAGGAUAUAAUAGGAAGAGCUCUACCCAAAAUUGGUGCAUACAAGGAAUUGGAUAAUACUAAACAAGUGGUUGCCCUUAUAGAUGAUGACAUGUGCAUAAAUUGUGGGAAAUGCUACAUGGCUUGUAAUGAUUCUGGAUAUCAAGCCAUACAUUUUGACCCAGAAACACACAUUCCUAGUGUGAAUGAAGAUUGCACUGGGUGUACCAUGUGUCUGUCUGUUUGUCCAGUAAUUGAUUGUAUCACUAUGGUUCCGAAAACUAUUCCACAUGUUGUCAAGAGGGGCAAACCUGGCGACACCAUAAAGAUUGUUCAUGCAUUACAUAAUAAUUUAGUUUCGUAAAAUAUUUAUACAUUAACAUGAAAGUGGUGCAUGUAGGUGAUUCUGGAAUGCUGAUAUUGUAAUAUUCUGAUAUUAUAUUAUUGAGAUAAUGAUAAGUUUGUUAUAAAGUGAGAAGCUAUUUGUUAUAUCAUUAAAAUGUAGUUGCAAUAAAGAUUAUAUUUUUAUUGA